AUGCCUUCCUCCUCCAACAGCCGAUAUAUCCCUUUAUCCUCAGUAGACCCUCAAGAAGCCCCAUCUAAUGCCGCGAGUACCGACAACCCUUUCUCCAAUCCGGGGGUAGCGGACUUAUACCGUCAGGUCUACGAGGACGCUCAAUAUGAGUGCCGUGAUUACUUUGACCCUGAAUUAUCCUGGACAGCGGAAGAAGAGGCUCGUCUAGUUGGCCGAAUAGACCGGCGAGUAUGCCUAUGGGCGUGCAUCAUGUUCUUUGCGCUGCAGAUGGACCGAGGCAACUUAGUGCAGGCACUCUCGGACAAUAUGUUGGAUGAUUUGAAUCUGAAUACCAAUGGUAUGAACAUUAUUCACUCAUAUUCUGGGCUAGAUCUGAAUGAAGCAGAUUAUAAUGUCGGCAACACGCUAUUUCUGAUUGCGUUCACCUUUGCUGAACUUCCCUCGCAACUAAUAUCAAAGAGGAUUGGCCCGGAUGUUUGGAUCCCCACUCUGAUCACUCUGUGGUCAAUGGUUGCGAUGUCUCAAGCUGGCCUUCGUGGUAUCGCUGGAUUCUAUACCACACGCAUUCUCUUGGGACUAUUUGAGGGAGGCUUUGUGCCAGAUAUAAUUCUGUGGCUAUCAUACUUCUAUACCAGCAGGGAGCUUCCAAUUCGGUUAAGAUGGAUUUUCCUUUUAGAAGGAAUGAUAACUCUGCUAAUUGGACUUAUGUCCUACUUCAUGAUGCCUGCAUCUAUAGUAGAAACAAAAUCGUGGUACCGACCUAAUGGAUGGUUCACUGAGCAAGAAUUAGGUAUUGCAGUGAAUCGAAUUCUUCGAGAUGAUCCUUCUAAAGCUAUCACUUUUAGUCGAUUGUGGAAUGCGGCCAAAGACUAUGACUUGUGGCCCCUCUAUCUCGUUGGUUUUCUAGCAGAUAUCCCAGUGAAUCCGCUAGGCACGUACAUUCCCCUGAUCCUUCGAAAUCUCGGAUUCAGUACGCCUGUUGGUAAUACCCUCGAGCGCGAUCCAUAUCUUCACCCUUAUCGGAAUAACAUGGCUCAUCUAUGGACAUUGCCAUGUCUGAUUGCUCUUCGCUUCUGGAGUGGAGCAAUGACCGAUGCUUGGGGCACUUAUGCUCUGGUAGUCGUUACCCUGAGUUACCCUGCCACACGAGCGAUCGUUCUUGGAUGGAUCUCCAAGAACUCGAACACAGUCAGCACCCGCAGCGUAUCAGUGACGCUGUAUAAUAUUUUCGUCGAAGCUGGCUACGUGUAUUCCAACAAUGUCUACAGAGAAGACGACAAACCCUUGUACCACCGAGGAAAUCGGAACCUCAUUGCCAUCAACGUGCUCACUAUCAUAGUUUUCUUGCUCAUCAAAGUAUACUAUGUCCAUCGAAACCGACACCGUGACCGUGUUUGGGCUAAAAUGGACGCCAAGGACAGGUCAAAGCUACGAGACUGA